CAGUCGGUACUUUUAAUGCCAUUAGUAAUGGGACGAGAGAGAGAGAGAAAGAGAGAGAGGGAGUCCCUGCGUCAGUGAAAGGGAUUGAAGCACACACUGGUUGGCCUGUCUUCCACAGUGACUUCAGUGGCCUUGUUCCACUCUGUGAAGUUCAUCAGAGUUCAUCUUUUUGUUACUGCUGAGCUGAGGCUGCUCACUGUCCUCAUCCUUGUCUCCCUCAUCUCUCCUCACCCCCGUUCCUCCCCACGCCUGCGUCUAUCAGGAAUCCCUUGGGGGUAAAAACUGCCUACACACACACCACUUCCUGCCCCUGCCUGUCCCCCACUGGCCUCACUGUGCCUCACCCUCUGGUCUCUGAGUACAGCCUCUUUUUGGUGAUGUCACUGUAGGGGAGUUCAGCCUUAGUGAGUGUGUGUGUGUGUGUGUGUCUAUGCUUGUCAUUGAAAAGGGGCCUGUAUGUGUUUGUGUGUGUCAGUGACAGAGGGACAAGAGAGGUAAAGAGGGGGGUAAAGGUAAAGAGAGUAGAAGAGAGAGGUAGAAAGAGAGAGAGAGGAUCGACAGACAGUAGAAAGAAAGGCAGGAGUGUCAGGUUUCCCUUUUCAAUUCAGAGGCACUCCUUGGUUUUAAUCUAGAAAAAAGGGUGAAAAAAGCAGGAAAGAAGAGGAGAUAGCUGGGAACUUGAGCCAGUGACAGCUGCUUUUUGUCCCUUCCCUCCUCACCCUUCUUUCUUUUGUUUUUGCCUCCCUCUUUUUUUUUCUUUACAGUUUAAAACCCCAGCCAAAAAAAGACAGCAGCUGAGAGCAAUUUUUUUUUACAGUAUGUUAUCAGGCAGAAAAAAAUACUUCUGUCUUCUGUAAUCUGUCUUCUUUCCACUGAUGAUAGCAUUUACUUCUCGAAUAAUGUUUUUCGCUCUUCCUGUUACGUUUGACUUACCACAUCCUGGUUGUGAAUUCAAAUACCAACCAGAGUGUCUGCAGUUUUUUUUCUUGUCAGCUUUUACUUUACUCACACGAGAGACAUAUAUUUUUCUCACAGUGCCAGCCUAAGUGGGCACACAUACCGAUCGUACGACAAAAAGAUCUAUAUAAUCAUGGUAGGCUACUGUCCAAUUUGUGGGAAGCCAGUCUACUUUGCUGAGAGGAAGAGGUCCCUGGGGAGGGACUACCACCCCCUGUGUCUGAAGUGUCAUGUUUGCAACAGACAGCUCACAGCUGGACAGCACGCCGAGCAUGACGAGAAGCCGUACUGUUCAUACUGCUACAUAAAGGAGUUUGGGCCAAGAGGCAACAGGUGACAUUUCCUUCUGCAGGAACCAGACCUAUGGAUGGGUGUAUGGAGAACAUGUUAUUUUUAUUGUUUUUAUUGAUGACAACAUUAAUUAUGUAAUAGGUUGCAAGGACCACUGAGUGUCAAAUGAAUGUGUUCAUGAUGUUACAUUCGAGACAAUUAUACUGUAGAAUAAUAAAUGCAGAUGUAUGUGGUU